AUGUACGCGGAGGAUUGGUGUGACAACGAGAAAGUUGUCGCACCUGUAGACGUGUCCACUUGUAGUGGAGGCUUGGAGGCGCUCCGCGGUCGCCGCUGCGCUUCGUUGCGCUCGGCUGCCACCUCGGCGCGCGCUGAUGACUCCGGUCGCAGCACGCCCUCAGCAGCCCCGCGCGCCUCCCCCUCACCGGCAGACACACCAGCGCCGAAGAAAUCCAACUGGGAGGUCAUUGAGCACUUCUCCUCCAACCGAACCAAGAAGAGCCCUACUGCCGUGGAGUCGGAAGGUGGCGGGACGACAUCGUCUCCUGCGCUACCCCUAUGCCCAUCUGGUCGCCCCGAUGCUGAGGUGGAACCACUUCUGACCGAAGAGGUCGGUGCUAAUGGUGCCACGGGUGGGGGUGGAACCGAAAAUGAUGAUUCCAAUGGUGGUGGAAUCUGGAAGCGCAUUGUGCGCGCGUGCCCGAAACCUUUGCGCGCGCUUUGCUCUUCACACCGAUUCGAUAAUCUUCAUGUCGAGAUGCUGUACCAGCGCUACUUUCUGCGCAUGAACCAGACUAAUAUGACUCACCUACUUGGACUGCUGCUAACAGUAGCUUUGGCACUAAUGGUGGUGCAGGUUCAAACCCUGCUAAUGACCCAAAACUUCCUUAGCGGUUUUAUUCAUCCCACUAACUCAACUGCUCUCUUUGAAUACGACCUAUACAGCCGAUUCGGUCAGUAUCCUGUAUACCCAAACAUAACGACAAUUAGCCUCGCCGACGAUAUACUAGAAAGCAACGCUACCAACCUGAAGCGCUUUUACUACGAGAAGGAGCGCUUCGCUCAUAUUGCUAACGUAGUUAUCCUCGGAAUCGCUGCAACGAUCUACGCAUGUCUAAUCGCGUUCUUGAGCCGACCAGCAAUGAACGAAAUAUAUCUGCUCACCAUCUCCUACGUGGUGCUGGCGACCUUUCUUCUGAUUGAGCUGUCCUUUGUCGGAACAUCCGUUUACAGAUCCCUGACCGUAAGCGCUGGCACCUGCGCUUUUUUCACAUACAUCACUUACGCAACUCUGCCCGUGCGGUUGCAAGAAGCUGCUAUUGGAGGAAUGGCUCUAUCUGCUAUCAACUUUGGCGCGCAAAUUAUGCAAAAGAAGACCUCGGACGUCCAGAUUUUUUGUAACCUGAUCACGCUGAUCGCAAGCAAUGUAGCGGGAAUUAUGACACACCAACCUCGUGAACUGGCUCAGCGCCGGGCUUUCCUUGAAACUCGUGACUGCGUAGAGGCCAGACUUGUGACACAACGCGAAAAUCAACAACAGGAACGUCUCUUGCUAUCGGUUUUGCCACGUCACGUUGCAAUGGAAAUGAAGGCUGACAUUGCCAACCAACCUCGUCAAGAGCAAUUCCACAAGAUCUACAUCCAGCGUUAUGAAAACGUUAGCAUCCUCUUCGCCGACAUCUGCGGUUUCACCUCCCUUUCGGACCAAUGCACUGCUGAAGAGCUGGUGCGCCUUCUUAACGAGCUCUUUGCCCGUUUUGACCGUCUGGCUGCUGAGCAUCACUGCCUUCGUAUCAAGCUGCUUGGAGACUGCUACUACUGUGUCUCUGGAUUGCCCGAGGCUCGUGAUGACCACGCCAAGUGCUGCGUUGAAAUGGGAUUGGAUAUGAUAGACGCUAUUGCUUUGGUACGUGAGGUGAUGGCCGUGAACGUGAACAUGCGUGUCGGCAUCCACACUGGGCGCGUGCACUGCGUGGUCCUUGGUCUUCGCAAAUGGCAGUUCGACGUUUGGUCCAAUGACGUCACCCUCGCCAACUACAUGGAAAGCGGUGGUGUUGCUGGCCGUGUGCACAUUACCGAAGAAACUCUGCGCUGUCUCGGCGGUGAUUACAAAGUGGAACCGGGAUACGGAGGCCAACGCAACGCCUACCUGAAGGACCAUAACAUUGAAACUUACCUGAUCGUCCCUGAUGAUACCAGCCGAGUUGACUCGAAACCCCAGCAUUCAUUCUCAGUCAACGGAAAUGUUUCAAAGGAAAUGCGUGUAAUGGGCCACGGGUCUCAACAUGGCAAACAUUCCUCCAAGAUUGAUAUGAACAAUGAAAAUAAGAAACCCGAGGAUGAAGUCAACGAGUACUUGAUGAAAGCCAUUGACGCCCGUUCCAUCGACCGGCUGCGAGCCGAACACUGCCAGCCUUUCACUCUGACAUUCCGCGACAGCAAACUGGAACGCAAGUACACUGCCGAACGUGACAGAAUGCUGAAGGUGUACUUCAUCUGCAGUCUUGUGGUCUACGUGGCUGUUGUCAUCGUGCAGAUUUUCAUCUUCGGCGUAACUCCCUUCGUCAUUGGAACCGUCACCGUUUGCAGCGUAAUCAUUCUAUCCGCCACGUAUCUCGUCCUUUGCAUCGAUUUCAAACAUACUUUCGCUCGUGUACUGGAGAUGUCACGCCGUGUACACAACAACCGUACUCUUGCUCAGCUGAUAUCCUUCCUGGUAGUCAGCAUAAUCGUCAUACAGAUUCAGAUGAUUAUGGCUAUGGACGCUAGCACUCGAACUGGAAGUAUACAAAUAUUCAAAAAAGAUGUAGCCCACUGCACUCACGAUGUCAACGAGCAUUACCUUCAACUGACCCUGAUGGCAAUGUGCCUUUGCGCUGUGCACCAGAUUCUGAUCACAAUGGCCAAGACCAUUCUUCUUCUCAUCAUGUGCUUCACUUACGUCGCGAUUACUGUUCACAAACAUCUUUACUUCCAAGGCAACUUCUUCAGCUACCAAAACACCUGUGACAUGGACUGGAACCAACAAUGGACCAACAUCGUGAUCGCUAUUGGAGCAACGGUGGCACUUCUUCUACACUCGCAACAAACAGAAAGCACCUACCGCCUCGACUUCAUUUGGAAAUUACAGGCCAAUGACGAAAAAGAGGAUAUGGAGCAUCUUGAAGCAUACAACCGCAAACUAUUGGCAAACAUUCUGCCAGAGCACGUAGCGCAACACUUCCUAUGCAGCGACAAAAAUAUCGAUGAGUUAUACCACGAGCAAUGCGAGUCCGUUUGCGUGAUGUUUGCGUCCAUCCCAAACUUCUCAGAAUUUUACGUUGAACUGGAAGGCAAUAAUGAGGGCGUAGAAUGUCUGCGUCUGCUUAACGAAAUCAUAGCGGACUUCGACGAAAUCCUAGCGGAAGAACAGUUCAAGUACAUCGAGAAAAUCAAGAGCACCGGGGCCACCUACAUGGCUGCAUCUGGACUGACAGCAGCCACACGGGACUUGCUCGGCUACCGUCAUGUGACCGCCAUGGCCGACUAUGCAUUGCGCCUCCGGGAACAAUUGCGCUACGUCAAUGAGCACUCCUUCAACAGCUUUCGCAUAAGAAUUGGUAUCAACAUCGGACCAGUGGUGGCUGGUGUGAUCGGUGCACGUAAACCUCAGUACGACAUUUGGGGGAAUGCCGUCAACGUCGCCUCCCGUAUGGACUCCACUGGAGUACUUGAUCACAUCCAGGUUACGCAAGAGGUGUAUGAUAUUUUGUCGACACGCGGGUACCGACUGAGAUGCCGAGGCACCGUGGACGUCAAGGGCAAAGGCAACAUGGUUACUUUCUUCCUCGAUGGAGUUGGUGAUACCAUUGGACCAUAUAUUGGAGAACUUUACCAACAUCCGAUGCCGUCAACCUCUGAUGAGGCCGUUGCGGGACCCAGUGGCAUUAACACCCGCUCUGACCAUCGACCCCUCGAGACCCUAUCCGAGGGAUGCGCCGAUGAAGACACAGGACCAUCGCCACAACCUUCCAUCCCAAAAGAGAAUCAAAAUGGGUCCACGAGCCCCCAGUACGGGAUAAGAAAUUCUGCGUCCCACGAAAGCCUGGCGAGCGCCGUCCGUGCCCGUGUUAUGCUUCGUAUGGAGCGUCCUCUAUCUCUCAUCGAUGCUCCCAGCCUACCCGCUCUUAUAUCGCUCAUCAAUUCCAAAGCCUACUCAACUGGGUUCGACAGCGCUUAUUUCUGCAAUGAAGUGUCAAGCAAGGACGCCCCAAUGGCCGUGGUUAAGAAACCAGUUGCUGAAUCUAAGAGCAUCAGUGAAAUCGAAAGAAAUAUCCAGGAGCCCCGUCGUGCAGCCAGCCUUGUCGACUUCCUCUUCAGAAAGAAGCGUAGCAGGCUGAAUACCGAUGACGUCAACAUUAUUGAAAACCCCAUGAACGCAAUA